GAAGAUCCUGCCUUGGUCCGCUGGGCCUACGCUAGGACGCAGAACGUCUACCCUACUUUCCGCCCGACACCUAAGACGUCCUUUCUAGGAGCUCUGUUUGCGAUAGGUCCUAUCCUCUUUUGGGCUGCUGUCUUCAAAGCUGACAGGGAUCGUAAAGAGAAGCUUAUCCAAGAAGGUAAAUACAAGCGACCAUUCAGUGUAUUUUAA